AUGAUAAAUAGAUUUGAGUGUUUGAGAAAUUUAGGAGUUGAAACACAGCCCAACUGUCCUUUUCUUCCAUUUUCUGUCACUAAAUCAGACCAAAGACUCCAUUUUUAUGUGGUUCUUUUUUAUCCACUCAAUUAUUUCUUCUUGGACAGGUUAUAAAAGCACACCCAAGUGUUCAAAUUGUUGCCAUAUCAGUUUUCUGUUCUUUUUUGCCUAUUGGGGUGUCGAAAAAAGCAAUCUUGAAGCUUUACAAGGCAAAAUUUGGUGAUUUAGCUAAGUGGGUAUUACAAAGAUGAUGUCUGUGAGUUGCCAUAAUCUUGAAAUUGGGAGAACCCCAUUGGAGUCUUUGGCUUGUGGGUGUUCUUUUUCAAAGGGUGUUUUGAGAAAUGUAAGUAGAAGAUUCAAUGGGAAGAAGUUGUUGUCUUGCAGACAAGAAUUUGGGCGUAUCUCAACUAAGGCUUCACUUACUGGGUUGGCACCAGUUUUGGAUUUGAAUAAGUCAGCAAAGCCUAUUUCAUUGACUAAUGUUUUUGAAGUGGUUGCUGAUGACCUACUUACAUUAAACAAGAACUUGCAGAAUAUUGUUGGUGCAGAGAACCCAGUUUUGAUGUCUGCAGCUGAGCAGAUUUUUGGUGCUGGUGGCAAAAGGGUGAGACCUGCUUUAGUGUUCCUAGUGUCAAGGGCCACAGCAGAAAUGUCUGGCUUAAAGGAACUCACCACAAAACACAGAAGGUUAGCUGAAAUCAUUGAAAUGAUCCAUACUGCAAGCUUGAUACACGAUGACGUGUUAGAUGAAAGUGACACACGAAGAGGAAAGGAGACUGUUCACCAAUUAUAUGGUACUAGAGUGGCAGUACUGGCUGGUGAUUUUAUGUUUGCACAGUCGUCCUGGUACCUAGCUAACCUUGAAAACCUUGAAGUCAUAAAGCUCAUCAGUCAGGUUAUUAAAGACUUUGCAAGUGGUGAAAUAAAGCAGGCCUCUAACUUAUUCGACUGUGAUGUUGGACUGGAUGAAUAUUUGCUCAAGAGUUACUAUAAAACGGCCUCCUUGAUUGCUGCAAGCACCAAAGGAGCUGCCAUUUUCAGUGACGUUGGCAGUGAUAUUAGUGAACAAUUGUUUCAAUAUGGGAGGAAUCUUGGUUUAUCGUUCCAGAUUGUUGAUGACAUAUUGGACUUCACACAAUCAGCAGCACAACUGGGAAAGCCAGCUGGAAGUGACUUAGCCAAGGGAAACCUUACUGCACCAGUACUUUUUGCAUUAGAGAAAGAGCCAAACCUUAGGAAUAUAAUCGAAUCAGAAUUUCACGAUGCUGGUUCUCUUGAGGAGGCCAUCAAUCUGGUGAAGACCUGUGGGGGAAUUCAACGAGCACAAGAUUUGGCAAAGGAGAAAGCUGAUUUAGCAAUGCAGAACCUAAAAUGCCUUCCAUCUAGUCCUUUCCGAGCAGCACUUGAGGAAAUCGUGAAGUAUAAUCUGGAGAGAAUUGAAUAGAAGAAAACGCAGGACAAAAGUAUACACCUUUGGUUUAUUAUUCUCUUGAAGCUCUUCAUAUCUAACAAUAUCUGGAGCAUAGAGUUGAAGCUAUUACUAUAGUUUGAAUGGUGAUCGCGAUCAGGACGAAAGUGCUUCACUAUGUUCAUAUACUCAUACAGGUUGUAAUUUUUCAGUUCCUAAUACAGCAAUAUGGUGUUCCAGCAUUCUUUAUAAUUUGGCUAAUAAAUUGUCAAAUUUCAACUGUUGUUGUACACUAGAGAAAUUUCACAAUUACUAAUAAUGUCAUGUAUUACUAUUUA